GCGGUGCUGGCGCCCCGUAGAGGCGGCGGAGGGGAGCCAGGGACUCUCCUCCCCCUCCCCCCCAGCCCCGGGCCCGCCGGGCGCAGGAGCCGGCGAGGGGCCGCCGGAAGGAGGCGGCGGCGGCCCGGGCCGGGGCCCGGGAAUGUGGCGGCGGCGGUGGCGCUGAGCCCUCCCCCCGCUCCGGCCGCCAUGGAGCCGCGGCGGUGACAGCCACCUCCCCGCCCGCCGGAGUGCAGCGGCCCCGCGGGGCGCCGGCCGCCGCCGCCAGCGCCAUGGAUGAACAGGAGGCUUUGAACUCUAUCAUGAAAGACCUGGUUGCCCUCCAAAUGGGCCGACGUCACAGGCUACCUGGCCUUGAAACCAUGAAAAAUAAGGACACCACUCACUCGAGCAAACAGAAAAAACACAAUGCCAGCAACCCAGCCCUCCUGAGCAGCCCUGCAAUAACAAACCAAUGUGCCUCUGCGGUAGAAGAAAAAAAAAUUCCGAACGAUGUAAGGAUAAAGUUUGAAUAUAAUGGGGAAAGACGAAUUAUCCCAUUUGUCCGUCCUGUGCGAUAUGAAGAUGUUCAGCAGAAGGUGAAAACAGCCUUUGGUCAGCCACUGGAUCUCCACUACAUGAACAAUGAGUUAUCUAUUCCCUUGAAAAAUCAAGAUGACCUGGAUAAAGCAAUAGAUCUCUUGGACCGAAGCUCUAAUGUGAAAAGCCUUAGAAUAUUACUACUGUCUCAAGACAGAAACCAUCAGAUCAGUCCUUCGCCCCAUUCUGGGCUGCCUAAACAAGUCAGGAUCAAAACUUCCCAAUCUGUUGGGGAUGUGAACACAACCUACCAGCCUCCGGAGCCCAGAAGUAGACACCUGUCUGUCAGUUCUCAGAACACAGGCCGAAGUUCUCCUCCCCCCGGGUAUGUUCCAGAGAGGCAACAGCGAAUUGCUCGACAGGGUUCCUAUACUAGCAUAAAUAGCGAAGGCGAAUUUAUCCCAGAGACCAAUGAGCAGUGUAUGUUGGAUCCCCUAAGCAGUGCUGAAAACUCAAUAUCAGGAAGCUGUCAGUCCUUGGACAGAUCUGCAGACAGCCCUUCCUUUCGAAAGUCACGGAUGUCAAGAGCGCAAAGCUUCCCUGACAACAGACAGGAGUUUUCAGAUCGUGAAAAUCAAAUCUAUGAUAAAGCAGGGAAAGGUGGGACAUACCCUCGACGUUACAAUGUCUCCAUGCAGCACAAAGACUACAAUGAUGGCCGGAGGACAUUUCCCCGGAUACGUCGUCACCAAGGGAACCUGUUCACAUUGGUGCCAUCAAGUCGCUCCCUGAGUACCAAUGGGGAGAAUCUAGGCUUGGCAGUGCAGUACCUGGACCCACGUGGGCGUCUACGGAGCGCUGACAGCGAGAAUGCCCUCUCGGUGCAGGAAAGGAACAUCCCGACUAAAUCUCCAAGUGCCCCAAUAAACUGGCGACGAGGGAAACUCCUGGGACAGGGUGCCUUUGGUCGCGUGUACUUGUGCUACGAUGUGGACACGGGCAGAGAGCUUGCAGCUAAGCAGGUCCAGUUUGACCCAGACAGUCCUGAAACAAGCAAGGAAGUGAGUGCCCUGGAGUGCGAGAUCCAGCUCUUGAAGAACCUCCAGCAUGAACGCAUUGUUCAGUAUUAUGGCUGCCUGCGGGACCGAGCAGAAAAGACCUUGACCAUCUUCAUGGAAUACAUGCCAGGGGGUUCAGUGAAAGACCAGCUAAAGGCCUAUGGUGCACUGACGGAAAACGUGACUCGAAAGUAUACCCGCCAGAUUCUCGAGGGAGUCUCGUACCUUCAUAGCAACAUGAUUGUGCAUAGGGACAUAAAGGGAGCCAAUAUUCUCCGUGACUCUGCUGGGAAUGUGAAGCUUGGGGACUUUGGGGCCAGCAAACGAUUGCAGACCAUCUGUAUGUCUGGAACAGGCAUCCGCUCAGUCACGGGCACACCAUACUGGAUGAGUCCAGAGGUGAUCAGUGGAGAGGGCUAUGGAAGGAAAGCAGAUGUGUGGAGCCUUGGCUGCACUGUCGUGGAAAUGCUGACGGAGAAACCACCCUGGGCAGAGUACGAAGCCAUGGCAGCCAUUUUCAAGAUUGCCACCCAGCCCACCAACCCCCAGCUCCCCUCUCACAUAUCAGAACAUUGCCGAGACUUCCUAAAGCGAAUCUUUGUGGAUGCCAGGCACAGACCCUCAGCUGAAGAGCUGCUCAGACAUCACUUUGCACAGCUCCUGUACUAAAUUACUUCCCUUUUAAGGUGCGGAGUUUGUGUCCCUGUCUGGUAUAACCACAACUGCCCAAUGUGGUGCUGCAUCCUCAAAAUGCCAACUCUGCUGUCCUGUUCCUCUGGGUAGGUCAGUGCCAAGGAACCUGCAGUCUGCUCUUGUGUCCUGAAGUCUUUGUUGGACUGAUGUUCUACCAACAGCUAUGCAACACAGAGCUGUGUUUUUGUCUUUGUUCUCUUGAUGUGAAGUUGCAUUUGGCUGCAUGUUUUCUGCAGGCGCAAGCAGAGGGAUCCAGGAAAGGUCCCAUUGAAUGUACAUGGGCAGCAGAAAUCUGGACUGAAGAAGCUACACUUUUCAGAGCAGACACAUGGACAGCCAUCCCAGCCGGCUCUCCCCACGAGGCCUGUACAGUGUGGGCAACCCUGUUUUCUAGACUCCUAGGUUUCUCCAGGCUUCUCUAGUAGGAUCCAUCCAAGCCAUGUGUCACUGAGCACACAUUCUCUAUAUAAUUAUAUAUAUUUUUCUUCUUAAGUAUUCAGCAUCUGAAGGUGUUCAGAAAAUAUUGAUUUAAGAAUAUGUGAAUAGUAUUAUUUUAUAAUGAACCCAAGGUAUUUGCGGGGGUGGGGGGCUUCUAUCCAAAUAUCAGGAUCAUUGUCGAGAGGUUCCAGCAGAGCAUGGUCUUUACAGAGCCAAGAGUGGAGGACUCUGCUGCUGAGGUGGCAAGUCCAGUACUUGACUGCCACAGAGCAGGGUUAGCUUGUGUCCUCCAAACCAGCAAACCUGUGCUCCUGUUGUACCUCCUUGCGGCUCAACAAAAGUCUCAUGGAAGGGAUUUCUGUAGAACAGCUUUCUGCUGCACCGAUCUUGUGGUAAAUUAGUUUUACCAAUCCCUUAAACCAAAGAUGAUUUAAUCAGUGCCCAAACCUUACUUCAGGGAGGGGUUACCUACUUAUAUUAGGCCAGGCUCAUAGACAAGGAAAGUGAGUUGCCCCUUUUUUCUUUUUCUUUUUUUUUUUUUUACAUGGGAAGAAAUUGCUGGACACUAGUUUCCUGGGUGAAGGGUGAAACCAAAAGCAAUCAGUCAGUGUGUGGGGGUGUUUUGUGAACAUGUAAAUUUUCAUUUAAGGCUUCCAUAAUCUUUCCAAAAAAAAAAAAUCUCCCCCACAUUUGAGAAAGCUGAGCCAUGUCUGUCAAUGAGGCUAAAGGAAAGAGCCCUUUUUUCAUGCCCGUGUGUCUGAAAUUGACUUGAAAAAUGGUAUUGGUCCCCCAGAGAUACAAGCAUUGCAUACUGCAGUCCUCUUGCUCUCUUGCUUUAAAUAUGUACAAAGCCUCUGAUGUCUAAGUCUCUGGUGGCUUGCCACUCUCACCUGCUGCAUUUUGACUGGUACACUAGAAAUUCUGGUUGUAGUGACAGAGCACUGAAGUUAUGAAGACUUUCUUUAAAAGGACACUCAUGGCAGGUUCAGUCAUGUUUUAAUAAAAGCAAAGCUUCUUCCCCCCUCCUCCCCAUGUGAUAAAUUACCCCUCAGGAUAAUACAGCUGAGAAGGCUGAACAAUCUGAAGUGGUUUUCCUGGACCAGACUCAGAGCAAUGUGUAAGUGAUGAAAGCAGGUUUGUAUUUUGCCAGAUUUGCCUUCAGGCUUUCCUGCUUGAAUACAAGAACGCACUUGUUUGGGCUACGAGCACUUCAGGGCAAUUUGUUAUGGAAAGGCCUUUCCAUACCCUGUUUAAUUCCAAUGGAAACACUCCUAGUGAGCCUCUAAAAUCCUGGAUUUUUGAGCCAAUAUCUCUUUCAAAACAUAAGCCCAGUCUCUUAGUUGCCCUGCACCUUGUCGUCAUUUAUACCAGGGCAAAAUGAAGAGGGAACACUAUUGCUCUUUUGCGGGAAGUGCUUAUGCCAGUUUUGCUCUGCUACACAUUGACUUCCCAAGGUGCAGAGCAAUGAAGACUCACUCACAUGCAUAAUCUUAGUAGAAGUAGACUGAGCUGUUUUUCCACCAGGGCUGAUAGCAUAUUCCAGGCUUGUGAUGUUAUAACUUACAGCCAGCACUUAACGCCUGACACAUACCAAAGAUUAGAGCCCUUUUCUUUCUUCAAUUUGAUGUGAAGGUGUGGCAGCAGUGAGAGGCAAGAUGGGUGUCCUGACCUGACUCGCACCUUUAACCCUGGCUUGUCCUCAGAAAGGAUCCAGCUCUGCCACCAUAGCCUUUACUCACUAUCAAGCACAUAGUUCUUUGGGAGACUUGGGGAUGAGGACAUGGUGUAAACUUUUGUUUCAAUGCAACUAAAUCCUCAGGAUCUGUUGUGGCUUUUACCUCAUGCAUAGCUAUGGAAGACUGUCCUGGAGCAAAGAGUAACUUGGACUCGUACGCCAGGUCCUUUACCCUGCUAAACACCCCCCCACCCUCUCCCCAACUAUACUGAAAUGUGCCUACUCUGUAUACGCUUGUAUUCCAGUUUUUAUUAAUGAGUCAGUAGCAGUUGUACAGUGACAGGGUUCUGUCUGAGAACAUGGUAUGCCAGCUUGGAUUUCUAUAUUCCAAUUCUGUACCUGACCCAAUGCCACCUCUUCGGCACAAGAACAAGCCAAAGCAUUACUUGUCUGUCUGGAGAUGCACUUUUAUGAAUGUAGUUUGUAUCGCUCUUUUUUAGCUCUUUUUACCAUCAUGUAAACUUUGAUGCCUCAUACCUUUUUUUAUUUAUAUCGUAAAAGAUCAUAUUUGAUGAUUUUUAUAUAUAUCGACUUGACUGUUAUGGGGUUGGGGGGGUGGGAAUCAAUUUCUGAUGCCUUUAUGAACUUAAAAAGGAAAAAAAAGCAGCUGGUUUUGCAAGAGAAUUUGCCAAUAGUUUAUAAAGAGUAGUGCCAGCCCCAAAUGCCACCUUUGUUUCCUUGCAGGCUGUGUCAGUCACUUAGAUUUAAUUCACUGAAAAUCUAGAUUCCUCAAUUCAUUAGUGGAUUGAAGCCACUGGAAUAAACUCAAGAAUCCAGCUCUCAAAUUAAGGCCUCUUUACACUGCCUUAGCAGUGACCAGACUUUGAAGAGGGCAUCCAUUGCAAUAUGCUCACUGUUACGGUUAGUUUACACUGCUAGUGUUGUGUACAUAAGAAUAAAGCCUGGCCUAAAGUUAAUCAGUGAUGUCCAUCCCAGGUAACUUUGAAGGAAAAAGGGGCAUUCCAUGCCUGCUGAGCUCUGGGACCCUCCAGGGAUCAAGACUGCAUAAGUGAAGCAUAUUGUAAUUUCUGAAGAAUAAUUCUGCACAGACUAUUUUCCCUGGGACAAAUCCCACUCUAGAUUGUUAAAAUUAAAUGUCUGAAAAUUUUCCGUUAGGAGACUGCUGAAUGUCUUGCCUGUAAGUUUCUGAUGAUACAUUUGAUAUCUUUUAUCAGCACAACUAAUAAAAGAUAUCAGAUUUACUCAAAGAACCCUGUCUGCCUAUGUCCUUAGACCAACAUGGCUACAACCAUCACCCCGAUGAUACGUUUAGCAGUGGAGCAAACCAAGCCGACAGAGGUGGAGGUUCAUCUCCCAUUGAGCUUGUGAGGAAACAAAGUGGCAUUUUGGUCUCGCUGUGACGAUUCUGUGCAUUUCAGGUUAUUUGCUUGUUCUCCACUUGACCUGAACCGUCUCUCCCAAGUUGCUGUAGGUUUUGGCAACUUGGGUGCUGUGUUUAAAAAAAACAAACAAAAAAAUAGUGAAUACUUGGGUUAAAGGUGGUUGUAGAUCAUGAAAGCAGCUCCCUUAUUUUGCUAUAAAGUGAUCACAAAACAAAUUGAUCAAGGGCAAAAUUGGCAUCCACUCAAGUGCCACAGUCAAGGUUUCAUUUGAGCUGGGGUAGCUUGUGUUGCUUCAGGAUAUGCUGUACCAGGAAAAACUCGAGCAUUCAGAGCUGUACAGCAGAUAGAACUUGUUCCCACUGAUGGAUGCUUAGUUACUACAUGCUCUUUUAGGAGAGGGUGUUUGUAUCUAAGUUGGGACUUUUCUGUGGCCACCACCCAGACACCUGCCCUUGAGAGAGAGAGUGUAAGAUGGGUUUGUUCAGUGGAAACAAGAUAUCUAGUGAAGCUCAAUGGGAUCUAAGCACCAAAUUCCUUCCAUCCCUUUGAAAGUCCUAGCCUAGAUUAGGCAGAGGGUAGGGCAGGGUGGCUGCUAAAGUACUGUUGGAUUUCUUCUUGAAUGGCAUCUUAUGAAGUAGGUUGUACAAAUCCUUAGCCUUGAUUAGGAGCUGAUCACACCAAGCACUUCUGGAAGUCCCAGUUGGGAAGGGGAGACAUGCCUGGGAAACGCUUCAGAGACUAAGGAAAAGAUUCCAGAGUCGUAACAUGAUGACGGGGAGCAGGAAGAAACUAUUUUAACCUGGGUUGUGCAGAAGACCUUGAACCAGUAGUUUAUCUAAUUAUAUAUACCGACCGGGGGCUUGCAGUGCAAAGCCAGGCCAAUGUAUCGUUUUAUUUACAAUAAAAUUAUCAUUUAUAUUAAAAGUU